UGUUAAGACACUUGAAUUGGUUGUUAAUUAGUAACUAACCCACGGAGUUCCAUUAGUUCUAUUUUAGUUAAUAUAUAAAUUGUUUAUAUUUUUUUGUGGGUGAUUUUAUUAUUAAAUAUGAAUGUUAUCAAUAAUUGGGCAUUGUUAGCGACAAUUGCUUGUGCUUUUGUCGCACCCGUUUUAUCAGAAGCACCAUUGGGUGGCUAUUUGCCUCCAUCUACGAGCUAUGGAACUCCGAAUUUGGGUGGAGGGUUUGGGGGAGGUUCUGGGGGAGGUAGUCAAGGUUUUGGAGGUAAACCAGCGGGUACUUAUGGCCCACCACCGACGGGGUCAGGUGGAAAUGCAAUAGUACCGACGAUUCAGUAUGGUGCACCUUCAGGAGGUAAUUCAUUUGGUGGAGGUUCGGCUGGAGGAAAUAGUUUUGGUGGACAAGCACCAUCAAGCCAGUAUGGAGCACCAUCUACUGGAGGCAACAGUUUUGGAGGACAAGCACCAUCAAGUCAGUACGGAGCACCGUCUGCUGGGGGUAGUAGUUUUGGAAGCCAAGGAUCUGGUGGAUUCUCUUCUGGUGGAUCAUUUGGUGGGUCUGGUUCAAGACCUUCAACCCAAUAUGGAGCACCAUCUGCUGGAGGCAACAGUUUUGGAGGCCAAGCACCAUCAAGCCAAUAUGGAGCACCAUCUGCUGGAGGCAACAGUUUUGGAGGCCAAGCACCAUCAAGCCAAUAUGGAGCACCAUCUGCUGGAAACGGUGGAUUCUCGUCUGGUGGAAACGGUGGAUACUCGUCAGGUGGAUCUGGUUCAAGGCCUUCAACUCAAUACGGAGCACCAUCUGGUGGAAACGGUGGAUUCUCGUCCGGUGGAAAUGGUGGAUACUCAUCUGGUGGAUCUGGUUCAAGGCCUUCAACUCAAUACGGAGCACCAUCUGGUGGAAACGGUGGAUUCUCGUCCGGUGGAAAUGGUGGAUACUCAUCUGGUGGAUCUGGUUCAAGGCCUUCAACUCAAUACGGAGCACCAUCUGGUGGAAACGGUGGAUUCUCAUCAGGCGGAAACGGUGGAUACUCAUCUGGAGGAUCUGGUUCAAGACCUUCAACACAAUACGGAGCACCAUCGGGUGGAAACGGUGGAUUCUCAUCAGGUGGAAAUGGUGGGUACUCAUCUGGAGGAUCUGGUUCAAGACCUUCAACACAAUACGGAGCACCAUCGGGUGGAAACGGUGGAUUCUCAUCAGGUGGAAAUGGUGGAUACUCAUCUGGUGGAUCUGGCUCAAGACCUUCAACACAAUACGGAGCACCAUCGGGUGGAAACGGUGGAUUCUCAUCAGGUGGAAAUGGUGGAUACUCAUCUGGUGGAUCUGGCUCAAGACCUUCAACUCAAUACGGAGCACCAUCUGGUGGAAACGGCGGAUUCUCAUCCGGUGGAAAUGGUGGAUACUCAUCUGGUGGAUCUGGAUCUAGACCUUCAACACAAUACGGAGCACCAUCAAACAACGGAUUCCAAGGUAACAGUGGUGGCAACGGGGGAUACAGCAGCGGCCGACCUUCAUCGUCCUACGGUGCACCUUCAACCGGAUUCGGAAGUUCAGGAUCAAGUAGUUUCAGUGGUUCUUCCAGACCUUCAUCAUCUUACGGUGCUCCUUCAAGCUUUGGCGGACAAAGCGGGUUCGGCGGCGGCGCUCAAUCUGGUGGGUUCCAAGUCCCUUCCAGACCAUCAUCAAACUACGGAGCGCCAUCAGCUGGUGGACAACAGCAAUACGCCAGCAAUGGGGGUUAUCAGUACUAAUUAUUGAACGUGAUAACGUCGAAAAUAAAUCACGAGCCAUGAUUCUACUCAAAUCAACCUCACCCACAAAUCCACAAGAUAUGGUCGCCUAUUCACUAUCCUUCAUGCGUAAUCCACUUCUCGAGUCAUCAUCAAACAAAAAUAUCAAAAUGACCAUAUAAUCUUAUAUUAUUAUUCUUAUACAUUUAUACAUUUGUAAAUUAUAUCAAUUGACUCGAGUGUAAGAAAAUAUGGAUCAUCCAUUUUUAUUUAUUUUGUAAAGAAGCUUUUUAUA